AUGGCCUCGAUUCUCGCCCCGAAUAAUCCUCCACCGCGUUUGACAGAGUUCGCACUACGAAGACACACCAGAGCAAAGGAAAAGGCUUUGCGCACUCGCUCAGAGAUCGAAAAUGCACCUUCAUCGACGGAUUUGGAUGCGUGGGCUGAGGAGUUGGAGAAGAUGGGAGGAAAGACACACAUAAGCAUUGACUCGGAAGAGAGAGAACGUCUCAGGGCUAGGGGCCGCAGAUUCCACAAGUUUAUCAACGGAGUCGAAAGGCGAGAGAAAAGCCCGGUCCCUAUGCACGCCACCGACGAUAGACCUAUUUGGAUGCGGACAAUGGGAAGAAAGUACCCAGAGGCAAACAUACCCAAAUCUGUCCACGAAAUUACUCCUCCUCGACAUCCAGCGGAAAUGUUUCGCUCGCAAUCAGCGAACCUACUCGCCAGUUUGGACAACGACACGUCUCGCCUAAUCAAAUCCAUUUCAGCGGAAGGAGAGCAAAGCCUCGAGGUGGUUGUGUCACACAUGCCUCAGUUUCGACAUGUUCGAAAUCAUGGAGAAAUGGGUUCUUAUAUCGACCAAAGUCAGUACGUCAUCUGCAUGGGCUCUGGCCCUUUGCGGGACUUACAAUACGGCAUUAUCAUUGUGCCCAUUGGCGAAGAACAGAUGAUGUUCAGACCUGAGCAUGAAUACAGAGACAAGCCCAUAUCGAAUCGACAGGAACCCCAACAUCACGCUGCCAUUUUGCAGGACUCUGAUCCAGACCCGGCUUCUCAAGUCCGUCCACCACAAGGGCAUGCCCGAAACAAUAAUGAAGAUUCAUUCCACAACCCAAACGAGCCCCCUCCGAACCAAAACCUCUUUGACGUGCCGGCCCCGGAGCCGGGGAACCUGCAGAAAAUUUUUGCCGAUGCGAAUCGUGUUUGGAGGCCGUUUGGACCGCCUAUCGCCGAUCAGGUGCCGCCAAUACAACCACAGAAUAAACCCUCGGGUCAUGGGGGUCUUUUUGGGGGCGGAUUUGCUGCUGCGUUUGGAGAAAAACAACCACCAGCACAACCCCCGAAACGCAAAACAGCAUCUUCACGAGUGACGAAGAAGGUUUCUAAGCGCCCUGCAGCCCGAUCACAGCCCAAGAAGAACGCGACAAAGGCAAAACGCGCUGUAAAUGGUGCUAAGAAGCUUGCGCCACAGCCUACCACUGGACAGCGUCGCAGCCCAAGAGCGAACGCUGGUCAACGUGCAACUUGA